AUGGACAAGGAUUUAAUGCUCACCGUCCUAAAAUCUGGCAAAACUGCUAAAGAGAUUUGGAAUCAUCUCAAGAAACUCUUUAAAGACAACAAAGGUAACCCCGCUGCGACUCUUGAACGUAAGUUUGUCAAUCUUAAGUUUAUUGAUUGCACUAGUAUUGAUCAUUACUGCGAUAAGCUUAAAUCCCUGUCCGAUCGAUUACUUGAUCUUGACUUUCCCAUGGAUGAUAAACGACUUGUGAUUCAACUUGUCAACGGCCUUCCGGAGGAAUACAACACGGUAGCCUCUUUUAUCCAACAAUCAAUGCCGGCGUUUGAUGUCGCUCGAUCCCAGCUGCGUACCGAAGAGAUUCGCCGCUCCCAACAACAAUCAAUGCCGACUUCUGCACCUACUGCUCUUGCCGCUGCAGCUCCACCCACAGACCGCAGCAACCAGCGCUCACAGCGUGGUGGUCAUGCCAGACGCGGUGGCCAUCGCUCCUCUGCUCCAGCCACCGAACCGCCCCUGCUGCCAACACCUCCGCAUCCCUACCAGCUCUACGGUGCACCCCAUCCAACGUACAACAUCCACUGUCCACCACAAUGGGCAGUGCCACCUUGUCCAUACCCUACAGCACCUCUGGCAACACCUUGGCAGCCACCUUCCAGCCGCGGUUCCUUCCAAGGCCGUGGCCGUACUGGUCAGUCACGCGGUCAAACCUCUGGCGUCGGACGUGCACAGGAAUAUCUAACUCCAUCCACGAAAUAUCUUCAACCCAGUGACAUUGCCGAAGCGUACAUCUCCAUGAGUUUAUACUCACCUGACGACGGUUUCUAUAUGGAUACCGGUGCAACAUCGCAUCUCACUGCGGAUUCAGGUACUUUGAAUACUGUUUUUAAUACUAGUAAUAUUCAUUCCAUCUUAGUUGGAAAUGGUCACAGUAUUCCAGUCACUGCCUCUGGAUUUGAAUUCGAGGAAGAUUCUCCUUCGAUGUAA